UGAAGGAAUUUUUAUAAUGAUAAACACUAAUACAUGUUUGAAAAAGUAUCUGGCAUAAAAGAAUGCAUAAUAUGGCAAAAGAAGUAGUAUAAACUCCUCUUUUGAGAAUAAGGUUUUGUUUGGACAUAACCUGGAACCAGCCUUCAACUUGAUUCUCCUUCUUCUGCCUCCUAAAUGUGGGGUUGUAGCCUGGCUUCUAAACUGCUCUGAAUACAAAAGCUGUAGAUGGAGAAACAAGUGUCCUUACGUUGUGUAUAAUACAAAAGUGCCCAUUAUGUAAUGGGGUCCAAUAAAUGUCAGGUUCCUUAGAAUUUAGAGACUGGUUUGUUUGGGGUUGUAGGGAAAAGGGCAAGUGUAUAUGUCCCUGGUUUUUUUCUUGCAUUUUCUGUCUUCAUUUAUCUAUUUUUUUUUCUUGGUCUCUCUAUCUUUCUAACUCCAGGGAAGCCUCACCACCCACCUUCCCCGCCCCAGGAUGACCUAUCAUGCUCCUUCAGGACCUCGAUACAGGGCGUUUCCAUCUUAAGCUAACCCUGGACUCUGCCUACAUCUAGCUUAGAGCAGAGGACACACCAACCCUGAAGAGUUUGUGAGGCAAGCUCAGAACCGUUGGACUUGAAGAUGGCCCCUUUUCUAACCAAUAAGGAGCUGAUUUCUGCGGGAAUAAAGGAAUUUAAUGUUCUGCUGAAUCAGCAGGUCUUUGAUGACCCCCUUAUCCCUGAAGAAAACAUGGUGACUGUGGUGGAUGACUGGGUGAAAUUGUACACCAACUAUUACAAGAAGCAGAUGCUUGGGGAGCAGCAGGAACAGGACAGAGCUCUUCAAGAACUCCAGCAAGAGCUGAGUACUUUGGGCAGCCAGUUUCUGACCAAAUAUAGGACCUUUCUGAAGUCCCGAGAGAGCACACCGCCUUCCUCAUAGCCUAAAGGCUCAUGGUAUCUCAUCUAAGAACCCUGAAGUCUUGGCUCUCUGGGUUAUGUCCUCAGACUGUUCUCUCAUGGUGUUGCUGGACCUUGAUAUCUUAAUAAAGACCAAUACUAAUCUGUUGA